ACCGCAUUAACGUGAAGGGAACAAAGAAGCAGAGUUGGUGAUCGUCCAACAGUUUCAGAGCUCUGAUAUAUCAUCUGUACUUGGCGUAUAAAAUCUGUGCGCUUCGAGUGCAGCAUAUGGCGAUAAAAAAAACCUGAUGUUUCCGUUGAAUGGCGAUAAAAAAACCUGAUGUUUCCGUUGAAUGGCGAUAAAAUGAGAAAAUAUAACACGUGACAAGUACAGCAGUAUCUGUCACAAGAGCAAACGAUAUUUUCCGUAGUGUUGUUUCUGGGUGGCCGUACCAACUGUACCGGCAUUUUGUCGAGAGUAAAUCUGUGUUUCGUACGGUUCUCGGAAUAAACAGUAUUAAACAGCUGGUCUUUCUAGUGGAGACGCAGGGUGUAUCGGGGUGUAUUAUGUAAGAUGUCAGAAGACAGUGAGGAAGCACAUGAACUUGAUCUAGAAAGCACAGAGUUUGUCGCUGAUGAAGAUUCUGAUCCUGUUAAAAUCAGAACUGAAUUGACAUGUAAGCCCGAUUUAGUGCCACAGGGAAAACCACGGUGGAAGGAUGCAGUGCCUCAGGUACUGGCAAGCUGUGUGGCACACAGUAUUGUUGUACAGGCUGGCGUGAGCAUGGCAUACUCAGCUGUAUUGUUGCCACAACUUGCCGAUCCUGACAGUAUUCCUACGGCCACAAAAGAUCAGAGCUCAUGGAUUGGUUUAUCCACUGUGGCUCUGGUCUAUGUUUCUGAAGUAUCGAAUCCCAAAAUUCGUCCCAUGCUUCUGUGCCUCAACAGUGUAUUUGUGUCAUUUGGUAUUCUACUCACAUGCGUCCUGGCACAGUGGUUCUUUUGGAGGGGGAUGGCUAUCUGGUUUGGAGUCCUGGCUGCCAUGAGUUUCCUGGCCCUGUGGUUCCUACCUGAGAGCCCACAUUGGCUGGCCACUUACAGAGAGGAGGAGGGAGGAUCUAUUGAGGCAGCAGUCAGGUGGCUGAACAGGCACCCUCAGGUGAGUAGCAAGUGCUACGAUUUCUGACUAGCAAAGGGAAUAAUGAAAACAGUAACUGAGGACAUUCAGCUUAUCAUUAAGGCUGAACAUAGAAGACACAUAUAUGCGUUAUCAGCAGAGCCUGUAUGAUUAUCAUAAAUUAUGUACAAUAACUUGGCCAUGGAAGAGGAUGGUUUGAAUCUCAGCCAGGACCCUGGCUAUCUUGAGUGAGGUUAUAUCUGGUUUUCCUUAGUCCCUCCAGGCAAAUAACAAGAUGGUAACUCAGUUUGGCUGUGACAUUUUUCUUCCAUAUCAUUGCUAAUUUAUCAUUUAUCUGUUAUCUUACUGUUCGAUGCUGUGUAUUCUGGCUACAGACAGCAGAGUAAAAUAACCUCCUUUCCAAAAGAAAGCUUGGUUACAUGUUUUGAUAUUGUUGGUCAUCAUGAGGUUGGAUUACAUGCGUUCUGGUGAAACUGCUGCUGUUCUUCAUA